AGUAACAUUAAAAAUGGCGAAAUACAUACAUAACAUGACAAUUUGUCGGCGUUUUGUUUAAAAAUGCGGUAAUUGUGUCGAAUAAAUGAACUACAAGUGGAAUAUAACCUAUUAGGUCAAAUACUCGUAAAUAAAAAACAAUAAAAUCAUGGAAGUGUCCGAAAAUAUGGAAGAAAAGUGUCGAUUGUGUGACGAAGUUGGUGAGAAAAUGUUUAGCAUUUUUGACAAAAACGAAGAAGGCCAUCAGUUCCUCCAGUUAAUAAAAGAAUGUCUACCGAUAAUAAUAUAUAGAACAGACCCAUUAUCAAAACAGAUCUGUGAAAGAUGCUGUAUGCAAUUGGAAAGUGUUGCAAAAUUUAAGAAAAUCAGUCAAGACACCGCAGAAAGGCAUAAAGAAAAGCUGAGAUCAAACAGUGGUGAAGAAAGUACUGAUAUUCGAUUAUUUUUAGGAUGUGAUUAUGAUAUGAUGGAAGGAUCAGAACUGAAAGAUGCAAGUACUUCCACAGAAGAUCUCAUAAUUUACUGCAAUAAUUGCAAGCAAUCAAUACUGGAUCCCAAUGCAGUGAAUGGUGAGCUGGAGCUAUGUACCGACUUACACAAAGCCAUAGCCGAAUCGAUGAGGAAAAACAAAGUAACAACGGAAUCUGUUUCAGAGAAACUGUUGCGUAGAAGGAAAGUGGUACCUUUUUAUCAUGAACUGGAUGACUCGCUAUGCAGCAGUUUGACUGAAUUUACUCAGAACACUGAAGGUUCACAGUGUUUUGAAAUGCCCAGUGACGAUGAUGAGGAGUCUGUAGAUUCCGACGAGACUCAGAGGCCCGCUAAGCGGAGGAGGAUAUUUGAAGAUGAAAGCGAGGAAAAAGAAGGUGGCGGGUUACUUAUGAUACGAAAACCUGCCGACAUUAAUGGAGAAACUAAUUUAGAAGAUCUGUAUGCAGAUGAGGACGAGUACAGGUACCAACCUUUGAGUUUAUUGCAAUUGGCUUUAAACGUUAUAAAUAAAGAAAACGUACCUGACUAUGAGCCUUUCGACUUCACAAAAGAACUAGUGUACCCCAAAUGCAAUUACUGUGCGGCAACGUUCCAAAACCUGAAACUCUUAGCGAUACACGAAACCGUUCACAUGGACGUGGAAAUGGGCGAAAAGAUCGAUAAUCCGGUACCGUGGCACCACUCCAGAGAAAAUGCAGAGAUACGUAACAAGUGGUUGAGCUACUUCGACGAAAAUGGGUACGAAGACGACGAUAUUAUUAUCGACGUGGUGACCAACGACCUACUGAUUCCCAUGGACAUGAAAGAAGAGAGGACCGGCCUUACAGGCGAAGAGCAGAUUGUUUUAGUGGGGACACAACCGAUGGUUAACGGUAUCUACCUGGGGGACUACACCAAGGAGGAGAGGAAGUCUUUUUAUCAGUCCAUGCGUAUACAGGGCGUCAACAAGAAGUUCUGUCACCUGUGCCGGUACUGCUUCAAAGACAAUUGGGCCAUAGAGAGCCAUUAUUUUUCUUCGGCUUGCUAUUACACGUGUCGGUACUGCGGGAUGAGGUUUAACAAACAGCGACACAGAUAUAACGAACAUGUGGAGGAACACAAGACUCAGAACCACGAUAUCUCCGAUAAAAUAUUCGCAGCUAGUAAACUGAGCAACGUCGUACCGAAAGUAAUAAAUCCCCAGAAGGCGAGAAAGGUGGUGGUGGGAGACCAAAAUCCCCCGCAGCCCAUUCAGAUACAACCUCAGCAGCCGUCUCCUCCCGCUCAAUACAGCACCCCAGGGGGGCAGCCCAUAAGAGUCAAGAACUUAAUGGAGCGUCGCACCCUCCAGCCGAACCUGCAGAUCAAGGAAGAGCCUCAAGAACCAAAAGACAUAAUAACUUCCCAGUCCAAGACCGGCAAUCAGGCUUACUUCUGCCGGAAAUGCUACAAAGUGUUUUUCAAACUCGACGAAUUCAACGUGCACAGCAAAAAUUGUGAUUACAACCAGUUUCCUCAGUUGAGAAACAUGGCGAAGCCAGCGUACCAUUCCAAGAAUGGGGAAGUGCCGACUUCCCCUGCAGGCCGGCCGAUCCGCAACUGCGCCAAGGAGAUAGGCCCUUACAAAGACGAGGCCUACCUCCCGGACUCCAUCCUGAAGGACCCUAAGCCCAACACGCCGCAGAGUUUCGUCUGUUUCAUAUGCAAUACUCCGUUCCCCACCAUAUAUUCGAGGAACAGCCACAUGCGCAUACACAAAGGGGAAACGCAGGCAAUGCCUUCGACCAGUCAAAAACCGCGCUCGCAAAUGCAGAACAGCUACCAGAAUUACAGGACGCCCCCCCCGCAGACCCAUCAAGUGCUCAUAGCCGAGGGUAUGAUCAAGCAGGAGCCCAUGGACAUGCCCAUGGAGCCCAUGGUGGAGAUCCACGAACCCGAGCAGAACUACACGGGAUCCAUAGGCGACGGGGCCGUCAGUAUAACGCCCAUCAGUAAAAAUCCUAGGCAAAAGCCGACGAUCAACCCGAACAUCAUGCGGAUAGUGCAGAACAACCCGCAGCUGUCCAUCAAGAAGUCCCCCGAGAAAUAUCCCAUGCCGGGUAGUAGUAAUAAUCACGUGCAUAUGGGCGUGGCCCCGCCCGACUUGGAUAAGUCGUAUAAAUGUUCCUCGUGCUGGGAGGCGUUCGCGAACAAGUCUCACUUGUAUUUCCAUAAAAAGAACCAGUGCGAGGGGUCUCGGUUUCCCUGUCCCUUCUGCAAGAAACGAUUCGGUACCGAAGCAGCGUACAGCUCCCACAUUUUCUAUAGUCACCCUGAGUAACUUGCCCGAUACGCGACUUAGUGCUGCGGCAGAAUUGUUUUGUAAAUUUAUUAAAUAACGAUAAGACUCGAUUCAUAUUUAUUUUAUUGGUUCCGUUUUAUUGACAUUCUAUGAUAUCAGACCUUAUUCCAAAUUGUGUGUUUUUACCUUAUAAGUGACGUAUUUUAAGAUAGCGUAAGAAUCUCAAGCAGAGGAUCGCUUUGCGUAGACGAUCGGACAUCAUGUGGUUAUUUAUUUUUUUACGGUUCUCCUUGAUUAUGUAUAUUUAGUUAUUAUAUGAUAAUUAUUUAACUAGCGCUUCUAUUUUUGUAUAAAUUGCACCCAUUUUAAUUUCGGAACGUCAGUAUUGAAAACAAAAUUCACGCUUUGUUUUUAGUUUAAUGUGGUAAGACGUAUUUUAAAGUUUUGUAUGAUUAGUCUGUAUGAAGUAGGACAUUGAAUUUUUAUGUAAAUAAUUAUGUAAUAGGUUUUCAGAAGUGAAUAAACCAUAUAUAUUUAA